AUGGAAUGUACAUCUAUUUUCAUAUUCUUCCUGCUGGCCCAAGUAAUUUCAACUCUACCUCUAGAUGAGAGCACACACCAGGAGACCUCCAAUGACAUCAAUGAAACAGUCUCACGGACAUAUCAGAGAAAGGAGCAAAAUAGCACAUCAUUGAGCGCUGCAAACUUCACUUCACUAAAACCCCCUGGGCGGCAGCGGCACCAUCCUUUUCCUAUGUGCUCAGGGCCAACCAGGAUCAAAGUAGCGUUCAAGUACAUCAACACAUUGGUGUCUUGUUUUGUUUUCAUCACGGGGAUGACAGGUAAUCUGGCUCUCCUGCGAAUUAUUUAUGAGAACAAGGGCAUGCGGAGUGGGCCCAACAUCCUAAUAGGCAGCCUGGCACUGGGAGAUCUUGUGCACAUUGUCAUUGCCAUACCUGUCAAUACAUAUAAGCUUCUGGCUGAGGAUUGGCCAUUUGGUGUAGCCAUUUGCAAAUUACUGCCUUUUAUUCAGAAAACAUCUGUUGGAAUUACAGUCUUGAGUCUAUGUGCACUAAGCAUAGACAGAUACCGUGUUGUAGCCUCCAGAAACCCUAUCAGAGGCCUGGGUGUUCCAAAGAGGACAGCCGUUAAACUUGCUUUAAUAUGGAUCGUAUCUAUCCUGCUCGCUGUGCCGGAAGCAGUUGGUUUCAGCAUGAUGGCAAUGGACUAUAAAGGAAAGCAUCUCAGGAUAUGUCUCCUUCACCCCGUACAACUGUCACCAUUCAUGCAGUUUUAUAAGGCAGCCAAGGACUGGUGGCUCUUCGGAAUCUAUUUUUGUAUGCCGCUGGCUUGCACCGGACUCUUUUAUACUCUUAUGACCUGUGAGAUGUUGAAGAGAAGUAGGACACAGAUUGGUUUUAAUGACCAUAUCAAACAGAGAAGGGAGGUGGCGAAGACCGUCUUCAGUCUGGUGCUGGUGUUUGCCAUUUGCUGGUUACCAUUGCACCUCAGCAGAAUCCUGAAAUUGACUAUUUAUAACGAAAAAGAUCCGCACAGAUGUGAUUUAUUGAGUGCCUUCCUCGUGCUGGAUUACAUUGGCAUCAACAUGGCCUCUGCGAAUUCUUGCAUGAACCCAAUUGCUUUAUAUGCUGUGAGCAAGAGAUUCAAGGCACAUUUCAAGGCUUGUCUGCCUUGUUGCAACACAUCACCUCAGACGGCAACAGCAGAUGAGAUCCAGACCUUGGAGAAGACGAAGGGCAAUGGACAAGCCCCAGAGUAACUAACGCAAGGCCUGACACAUGAAAGAUGUCACUGCCUCAUUUUCAACGUGUUACUGUCACUACAGUUUAGGGGCUUUUUCACCCCCCCACCAACACUAUUGUCAUUGUGUGUUUCUUUUUUACACAUUUGAAUGUAAAAUCUAAUUAUGCUGAAGUUUUUAUUUGUGUUUUGGCAGAUUUGUUAACUAUUUAUGUCGUGCUUUCGGAUUGUUUUGUGAGUGUGUGUGUGUGUGUUGACUUUGAAAAUUGCGACGUGGCACUGUUUAUGAAGUAUAUGUGGCGUACAUAAUCAGAACAUGACAGGCCCAUGAAGGUUUCAUGAGGAGCGAUGUUUGAUGCAGAUGCUUUCAUGUUGCAUGAAUGUGUUGCUUCUCACAGUAAGACUGUGCACUCAAAAUGACUGCUGUUUAAUCUGUAACUGUUUUAUGAUUUGAUGUACUUUUUCAUGUAUAUGGAAAAAACAAAACAACAGCAAAAAUCUCAAAU